AUGGCGGCUUCACACGGCGGCGGCGGCGGCGGCGGCGGCGGCUCCCUGUGCGCGACACCGGACCGGCUGCCUGUCCCCCCCUCACGCUGCUCGCGGCCACCGCGCGAGACUAAACUCCGCCCCGCCCCUCCCGGCCCCGCCGGCCAAUCAGCGCGCGGGACGGUCACCUUCCCCCGUCUCCGAGCCCCGCAGGUGGGGGGGCGGAGAGACCGUCGCGCCACGGAGCCGACCAAUCAGAGCGGGGAACGGGCCGAGGGGGCGGGGCCUGAGUACCCACCAAUCCAAAGGGAGCUUCCUUGGCCCGCGGGCCGCUCCGGCUCCGCCCCUCGGAGACCAACGUCGCCGUGGCAACCCAAGGAGGCGGGGGCGGGGCCCUUCCACCGCGGGGGCGGGGCCAGGUCUUUUGGGUCGACACCAAUGGAGAGUGGCCCUGGACAUAGCGCAGUGGCUAAAGCACUGGACUCUCAAGCAUGCGGUCCCGAGUUCAAUCCCCGGCAGCACAUGGACCCAGUGAUGUCUGGUUCUUUCUCUCUCUUCCUAUCUUAAUUUUUUUCUUUUUUUUUUUUAUUUUUUUAAUAUUUUAUUUUAUUUAUUUAUUUAUUCCCUUUUGUUGCCCUUGUUGUUUUAUUGUUGUAGUUAUUAUUGUUGUUGUCGUCGUUGUUGGCUAGGACAGAGAGAAACGGAGAGAGGAGGGGAAGACAGAGAGGGGGAGAGAAAGACAGACACCUG